AUGCCUACCUCAGUCUGCACGGCAAAGGCAUCCUACAAGAAACUGCCCGGUACCCUACAGCUCACCGAUACUCAUCUCCAGUGGACACAGGACGGAAAAUCGGCGCCCUCAGUGCGAGUUCCCAAUGCAGAAGCCGCUUCUCUAUUCUGCAGCAAGGCUGGCGCAGCCCAAGUACGCAUGAAACUGGCCCUCGUGGGUGACGACACCGGCCACAAUUUCACCUUCACGUCGCCCCAGCCAGUGGCGCUUAAUGAACGCGAAAAGUUCAAGACAGAGUUGACCACCAUCAUUGGAAGGAACAAAGGCGCGCCCGACAGUGCACCCAGGCUUCCUGUUUCUGCAUACACCCAUUCCACGUCGACCCCGGUGGCAAACGCGUCUUCGAUAAAACCAUUGGUUUCACCGUCCAAACCGUCAACGUCAAGAGCCGCUUCUGUUUCGAGCAAUGAAAACAGAGCAACACCCAUUCUCACAGGAAGUGACCCCGCGCAAGAUUUCAGGCUUCGAAAGACAAUUCUUCUCGGUAAUCCCGAAUUGGGGGCAUUACACAGGGAGCUAGUCAUCGGCGGACAGAUUACUGAGGCAGAAUUUUGGGAAGGGAGAGAGCAUCUUGUCCUGGCUCAAGCAGCAGCAGAGAGCCAACGAAAGGGCAAGCCCGGACAGUUGGUAGAUCCCCGCCCAGAAACAGUCGAGGGCGGCGAAGUCAAAAUUCGCAUAACCCCUCAAUUGGUCCAUGACAUCUUUGACGAAUACCCUGUUGUAGCAAAGGCAUAUAGUGACACUGUUCCUGACAAAUUAUCCGAAGAGCAAUUUUGGAAGAGGUACUUCCAGUCAAAGCUCUUCAAUGCCCACCGUGCUUCUAUUCGCUCUUCGGCAACACAACACGUAGUAAAAGCAGACCCGAUUUUUGAUAAAUACCUCGAAAAGGACGAUGAUGAGCUGGAACCUAGACGACAGCUAACGGACCAAGUGGAGCUAUAUGUCGAUUUGGCAGCUACGCGUGAAGACCAUGAAGAGACAGGGAACAGUAAAGACAUCACGAUGCAAGCUGGUCGACAGCGUGGUGCUUUACCUUUGAUACGAAAAUUCAACGAGCAUUCGGAGCGAUUACUGAAUGCUGCUCUUGGCGAAGGUCCCCCAACAAAGCGCCGUCGCGUUGAGGACGACGCCCAGAUCGAUCUCGAUGACUUGCAUGAUCAGGAAGCCUCAACCGGCAUAAUUCUUGAGAUGCAAGACAGACAACGAUAUUUCGAGGGCAGAAAGGCGGCUAAUAGUGACGGCGCCAGGAAGAAUAUCCAUUUUGGUUCUAUCAUUCGAGAGGCCAAAAACAACAUUAGCCAAUGGGAGACGGACCUUGCUCAGUUGAAACUGGAGCGGAAGCCCGGCGAUGCAGCUCUUCUAUCCAUGACACAAAACGUUGCGGCCCGUUUAGACGUGAGGUCUAAAACAAAUGAUCUUCCCGACGGAUUUUUCCGCCAAAUGACAUCCUGUCAGACAGCAGCCAAUGAGUUUCUGCGGCAGUUUUGGUCUGCGACAUAUCCUUCUGGAUAUGACCUAUCGAUCGCCGUCACUCCAGCACAGAAAGCAGCAAAAGCAACGAAAAUGAUCGGAUAUUUAUCCAAAACACACGAGAAAGUGGAAGCUAUUGUGCGAGCCGCUCAGCAGCAAGGAUUAGAUGCUAAUAGGAUAGAAGUUGCCAUGAAACCCGUUUUGACAGCCGUUGACCGCGCACUUACUUUCCAUCGCAAUAAAAAGGUCUCUCGUGGAUCCUGA